AUAGCAGAUAACUCGACCCACUCAAUUACUUCUAAAAACCACACUAGUAGCUCCUAGUGGAACAAAAGAUUUAAAGUUUUGUAUCGCACUCAUCGCUUUUGUUCAUAAGCCUGUAGUUUGCGAACUUUUAAGCGUGUAGUUUUUCUUUUCAGCUCAAAUUGAGUCUUACUAAUAAAUACAACUUCCUUCGUAUCUCAUCUUCCUUCAGUAGCAAACAGUAGACGGAAGGACAAGCACAAAAAUGGUCAGUACAGUGUUUACCCCGUCCUCUCGUGGAGGUGACUCUGCGGGAUUGCCCAGUCCGCGAGACAUAGACUGCAGCUCUAGUUCGCUGCGAUUUCGCUCAGGAUGCUCCGACAAGAUUUUCGACGAAGUAUUUUGAGUUAAUUUUGGAGUUUGAGAUUUUGAAAUAGUUGAUGGCUCUGCUGAGGACUAAGUAGUUUUACCUCGGUCACCAGUGACGUAAUUGACUCGGGCGACUGUAGGCUGUAGUCUUGUAGUUCAUAGGCAUAGGAAUAGGACAUCUCACCAAGAGAAUCACCUUCCACUCACUCAUCUCACCCAGACCCACUCCAGUACGACUAGUACAAAUAAUCUUCUAUCAAGAACUACAGAUCGGCACCGUGCACUCAUCUGCGGUCGAUGGGUUGUUGACAGAUUUUUACCAAAUUACGAUGGCAUAUGCCUACUGGAAAGCAGGCAAGCAUGAGGAGACAGCGGUCUUCGACGCUUACUUCCGAAAAUGCCCGUUCAAAGGCGAAUAUACGAUAUGCGCUGGUAUUUUUGGAAUACACCAAAUCACUGACAAUUGUUGGGAGUAACACCUGACUCGCGUUAGGCAAUUGCAAUUCAUCAUUUUAGUCCUUGAGUCAAGAAUGUUUCUCUAAUACAUUUACAUCCAAAUCUUUUUUCCAAUAGUUUGAUGGACCACGUGGUGGCUACGUUCUUCGCCCCUUGCCUGAUCGAGCCACCUCGUUGUUACAAGGCAAGGGGCGAAGAACGUAACCACCACGUGUCUCGGAUUUGGCAGUGUGUGUUCUCAGCGCGUAGGUUUCUGCCUCCUCGUUGCGGGUGUAAGUACCUCUAUCAGCUUCCUUGCGCCUUGCCUUGUACUUCAGGCAUCAACGAGGUGGUUCGCUUCUUGGGCACAUAUUACGUUCUUCGCCCCUUCAGGUAUCAACGAGGUGGUUCGCUUUUUGAACACUUUUGGCUACACGCCAAAUCAGAUACAGUAUCUGAAAAAACAGAUGCCGACUGCAGAGCCUGAAUUCUUCGACUUUUUAGAACAAUUAGACUGCCGCGAUCUCACAGUGCAUGGUAUGCGGGAAGGCGAAAUCGUGUUUCCGAGUCAACCCCUUUUGCGACUAGAGGGUCCGCUCAUUUUGUGUCAGUUGCUCGAAACGACAGUCUUGAACUUGCUGAACUUAAGGCUUCCCCUAAUCCUUCUUCGGAAGCAUCCUGAAGCUGUUCCACGAGGAGAAGGGAGCAUCUCAGGAUGGAUCUCAAGAUGGAUAAGGGUGGUCUCUAAUGAACUAUCCGUCGCUUAUAGCUACCAACGCAGCCAGGUAUCGGCAGGCCGCAACGAGUAGCCGAGAAAAGAAAAAACCCACCCUCAUCGAGAUGGGAACAAGAAGAGCACAGGGUCCAGAUGGGGCUUUGUCAGCGGCAAGAUACUCAUAUUAUGCUGAAAACUGCACUAGUUGCAAUUAGUGAAAGGACAAGAUUAGAAGAGGGGAUAGCUUUUUCUUUACCGGAUUGUAGGGGAAGAAGAUGAGCAUGACGUCGGUUAUUAUUGCCACAGGGCUCCUCCAGCCUCCUUGUUUUGUAAAGUGUACUUAAGUUAUUCUUUGAUCUUCUAGUAUCGAAUCUGUUUCUGUGUAAUCUAAUUUAGUCUUGGCGGUUUCGAUGCGACCAGUUGUGUAAAAGCCGGUCACGUUUUCGGCAUACCAAUAAAGGGCACGCACGCUCAUGCCUUUGUCACGAGCUUCAGUGGCUUGGACAAUCUCAAGUUAUGAUGAACUAUAUGCCUUGAUGUUGUCCGCGUUGAUGAAAAUUUCAGAGUUCUUACAUCCGUCCAGUCGAGGAAGUUUUAAGAUUGGCAUGAACAAGAUGAACGAACUCGUUCUACUCAUGCGACGUGUUUCUCUACCUUGCUUUCCCAUCAUCUUCUCCUAUUCUAACUCCCAAAAUGACGAACUGCGGACAAUUAGGGCCUAAGUUUGUGUCGGACGUGCUGGAAUACAGGCUAAGGACGGGUGCCAUGGCGACAAAUGACGGAGAGCUGGCAGCGUUUAUUAGCUACGCAAUCAGCUUCCCAAAGAGCUUGCUCGCUUUAGUGGACACCUAUGUUAAGGCUUCAUCCACUCAUGGUAGUCCAUCCCUGGUCUUGUAAGGGUCCCUCAAGUAGAACCGUAAGUGCAACAAGGGUGAGGGAUCCCUUCGCCUAAAGAGAUGAAUUGGGGAAGGCUCUAAUUAGGAUACGCUCUACAGCGGCGUCCCAAACUUCCUCUGUGUGGCGCUAGCCCUCCUAGACAGAGGAUUCACGCCGGUCGGAGUCCGGCUAGACUCAGGGGAUUUGGCAUAUUUGAGUACUACACGCAAAGUUGACCACUGAGUGAUAGAGGAUUUGGCAUAUUUGAGGACUACUGAUUAAGUUGACCACUCAGUGAUAGAGGAUUAUCACUAGAGUAGAUUGUAGGUGGAUUGGCUACUGACUGAUGCCAGAAGAUCAUGAAAAUUUUUGGUAUAAUAAGUGCGUUCCAGCCUCAUCCAAUUCCAAACUUGUUGUACUAUUUGCUAACCUGUGUCAGACACUAAAAUUUACAAUUUUUAACUUUAAUGUCUUUCAUCCCUCCACUCUACUCAGGCAAAGAAGCGAAGAAUAUGUUUCGGGAGGUGGCAAAUGA